CCCAACUUUCACAUCUUUGACAGAUGCUAGGUCAUUGUGUCAUUGACGUUUACGUCAUUGUUCUUCCCUUCAAAAUUGAUAAAAUUUUGAGGAUGAGUGAAAAUAAAUAAUUAUUUUUAAUUAUUCUCAGUUUGGUUUGGCGAGUUAUUACCAUUACUCUCGAGAUAAAGGCAUGAGUGGUUAUUUCCUAGGAGGCAACAAAUGAAAUAAGAUACAUUUCGGGUACAGAAAAACAUAGAAUUUUUGCAAAAUAUACGAAAUGUCAACAGGUUCCAGCCCUUCACAUUAUGCACAAGAUGCUUUUGUAACUGAUGCAAAUUUCAAAGUACAAAUCAAUCAAAAGAUGAAGGUUCCAGACAAGAUCAGCUUCAACACGGACAUGAACAGUGAUAACAGAGUGUCUUGGGCUGCAGACAACUUCAAUAUGAAUGUCCCUGAGAGGAUACUGGUUUCAGAACAGCACCAAUUUAUAGGUUCAAAAGCCCCACCUCGUGAAAUAGUAUAUGACAAUUCCUUAAUCACAUCAGACCCUUACCAAAAUGGCCUUCCACGCGUAGCCACACCUCCUAGAACUUUGACAUUGGACAAAUACCCUUUUCCAGAGAUUGAUGAAUAUGAAGAACCUGAGGAAGAGCACAUUCCUGUUAUAAAACCCAAAGCCAAAGUACAGUUGAAUGAUACAAGUUUCCAGGUGUCUAAUUCCUUCAGGGACACCAGCUUAGCAGAAGGGCUCACUCCUGGUGAGGAGGUGCUGCAUUUGCGUAGGCAAAUGGCCAAGAUCAAUAGAAGAGUGAUGGCUUUAGAACUGGAGAAUUUGAACAGGCUGCAGAAAGAGAAGUUUGUAGUUGGUUUUGGUAUUGCUUAUUUCCUGUUGAAGGUUAUCAUUUGGAUGAACAGGGAAUGAGUUAGGUGAUUGAUAGCAUUGCUCUAGUUAA